CAGGUCUAACAGACACUUCCUCUUCACCUGGCUUCUGUAUAUCAAGAAUUUUCCCCCAAGCCUGAGCUCACAUUCUACCUGAGCUAAACUCACCGCCAUGGGGGAUGCAGAGAUGUCAGUGUUUGGUGCAGCUGCACCGUACCUGAGGAAGUCAGACCGGGAGCGUAUGGAGGCCUCCACACGUCCGUUUGACAUCAAGAAGGAAUGCUAUGUCCCAGAUUCGGUGGAAGAGUUUGUGAAGGGAACCAUAACCAGCCGGGAUGGAGACAAGGCCACGGUGGAGACACAGAAUGGGAAAACCGUGACUGUUAAAGAGUCGGACAUUCUGCAACAGAAUCCACCCAAGUUUGAUAAAAUCGAAGACAUGGCCAUGCUGACCUUCCUGCAUGAGCCGGCGGUGCUGUUUAACCUCAAAGAGCGCUACGCAGCGUGGAUGAUCUACACCUACUCUGGGUUGUUCUGUGUGACGGUCAAUCCCUACAAGUGGCUGCCAGUCUACAACCAAGAGGUGGUUGUUGCCUAUAGAGGAAAGAAGAGGAGUGAAGCUCCUCCUCACAUCUUCUCCAUCUCUGAUAAUGCCUACCAGUACAUGCUGGCAGACCGUGAAAACCAGUCAAUUCUGAUCACCGGAGAAUCUGGAGCGGGAAAGACUGUCAACACCAAGCGAGUCAUCCAGUAUUUUGCAAGUAUUGCAGCUGGAGGAGCCAAGAAGGAUGCUAAUGCUAAGGAUAAGGGCACCCUGGAGGACCAAAUCAUUCAGGCUAACCCUGCUCUGGAGGCAUUUGGGAAUGCCAAGACCAUCAGGAAUGACAACUCCUCCAGAUUUGGUAAAUUCAUCCGAAUUCACUUUGAUACCAGAGGAAAAUUAGCAUCCGCUGAUAUUGAAACAUACCUUCUGGAAAAGUCUCGUGUGAUCUUCCAGCUCAAGGCUGAGAGAGAUUACCACAUUUUCUACCAGAUUCUUUCCAACAAGAAACCUGAAAUCCUGGAGAUGCUGCUGGUCACAAACAACCCCUACGACUACUGCUUCAUCUCUCAAGGGGAAACUCAAGUGGCCUCCAUAGAUGAUGCAGAGGAACUGAUGGCAACGGAUAGUGCCUUUGAUGUUUUGGGCUUUACUCAGGAAGAAAAAAACUCGGUGUACAAGCUCACAGGUGCUAUAAUGCACCACGGCAACAUGAAGUUUAAACAGAGGCCCCGAGAGGAGCAGGCAGAGGCAGAUGGCACAGAAGAUGCUGACAAAGUCGCUUAUCUGAUGGGCCUGAACUCUGCCGACCUCAUCAAAGGUCUCUGUCACCCAAGAGUGAAAGUAGGGAACGAGUGGGUCACCAAGGGGCAGAAUGUCGCCCAGGUGAACUAUGCUGUUGGAGCUCUGUCCAAAGCUGUUUAUGAGAAAAUGUUCCUGUGGAUGGUCAUAAGGAUCAAUCAGUCACUUGAGACCAAGCAGCCUCGUCAGUACUUCAUCGGUGUGCUGGACAUUGCUGGGUUUGAGAUCUUUGAUUUCAACACCUUCGAGCAGCUGUGCAUCAACUUCACCAACGAAAAACUGCAACAGUUUUUCAACCACCACAUGUUUGUGCUGGAGCAGGAGGAAUACAAGAAGGAGGGAAUUGAAUGGACUUUCAUUGACUUUGGUAUGGAUCUGCAGGCCUGCAUCGAUCUGAUAGAAAAGCCCAUGGGUAUCAUGUCCAUCCUGGAAGAGGAGUGCAUGUUUCCCAAAGCCAGCGAUGCCACCUUUAAAGCUAAGCUUUAUGACAACCACCUGGGGAAGUCCAGUAACUUCCAGAAGCCAAGAAUCAUCAAAGGAAAACCAGAGGCCCAUUUUGCCCUGAUGCACUAUGCUGGAACUGUUGAUUAUAACAUCAACAACUGGCUGGUGAAGAACAAGGAUCCUCUAAAUGAGACCGUUGUUGCGCUGUACCAGAAGUCCAACCUCAAACUGCUCGCUACACUCUUUGCAAAUUAUGCAGGAGCUGAUUCAGCCAUGAGUGAAGGAACGGAGGGUAAGAAGGAAAAGAAGAAGAAAGGAUCAUCAUUCCAGACUGUUUCUGCCCUCCAUAGGGAGAACCUGAACAAACUGAUGACCAACUUGAGGUCCACCCACCCCCACUUUGUACGCUGCAUCAUCCCCAAUGAGACCAAGACUCCUGGGGCCAUGGAGAACCCUCUGGUGAUGCACCAGCUGCGCUGUAACGGUGUUCUGGAAGGCAUCCGGAUCUGCAGGAAGGGCUUCCCCAACAGGAUCCUCUACGGAGAUUUCAAGCAGAGAUAUCGCAUCCUGAAUCCUGCUGCCAUCCCUGAAGGACAGUUCAUUGACAGCAGGAAGGGAGCGGAGAAACUGCUUGGCUCUCUGGACAUUGACCACAACCAGUACAAGUUUGGUCACACUAAGGUGUUCUUCAAGGCUGGAUUGCUGGGUCUGCUAGAGGAGAUGCGAGAUGAGCGUCUUGCCAAAAUUAUCACAUCUAUUCAAGCCAGGUCUCGAGGUCUUUUGUCUCGAAUUGAGUAUCAAAAGAUGGUGGAGCGCAGAGAUGCUUUGUUGGUGAUCCAGUGGAACAUCCGUGCUUUCAUGGGGGUCAAGAAUUGGCCCUGGAUGAAGUUGUUCUUCAAGAUCAAACCUCUUCUGAGAUCUGCUGAGGCAGAAAAGGAGAUGGCCAACAUGAAGGAAGAAUUCCUGAAGCUUAAAGAGGCUUAUGCAAAGUCUGAAGCUCGUAGGAAGGAACUAGAGGAGAAAAUGGUCUCUCUUCUCCAAGAGAAGAACGACCUGCAGCUCCAAGUCCAGACUGAGCAAGAUAACCUCUGUGACGCAGAAGAGCGUUGUGAGGGUCUGAUCAAAAACAAAAUCCAGCUGGAAGCAAAAAUCAAAGAGCUGACUGAAAGGCUGGAGGACGAAGAGGAGAUGAAUGCUGAGCUGACUGCUAAGAAGAGGAAGCUGGAGGAUGAGUGCUCCGAGUUAAAGAAGGAUAUCGAUGACUUAGAGCUCACUCUGGCAAAAGUAGAGAAAGAGAAGCAUGCCACUGAGAACAAGGUAAAGAACCUGACAGAGGAGAUGGCUGCUUUGGAUGAAAUCAUUGCCAAGCUGACCAAGGAAAAGAAAGCCUUACAGGAAGCUCAUCAGCAAACGCUGGAUGACCUGCAGAGUGAGGAAGACAAAGUCAACACUCUGACCAAGGCCAAGGCCAAGCUGGAGCAGCAAGUGGACGAUCUUGAAGGAUCUCUGGAACAAGAGAAAAAAAUCAGGAUGGACCUUGAGAGGGCGAAGAGGAAGCUGGAAGGAGACUUAAAGUUGACUCAGGAGUCCGUCAUGGAUCUUGAAAAUGACAAGCAGCAGCUUGAAGAGAGGCUGAAAAAGAAAGACUUUGAGAUCAGUCAUCUCAACAGCAAGCUGGAAGACGAGCAGUCCAUAAUUAUUCAACUCCAGAAGAAGCUCAAGGAGCUGCAGGCCCGUGUAGAAGAGCUGGAGGAAGAGCUGGAGGCAGAGCGAGCUGCUCGAGCCAAGGUGGAGAAGCAGAGAGCAGACCUGGCCAGAGAGCUGGAGGAGAUCAGUGAGAGGCUGGAGGAGGCUGGAGGAGCCACAGCCGCCCAGAUCGAGAUGAACAAGAAGAGGGAGGCUGAGCUCCAGAAGCUGCGCAGAGACCUUGAAGAGGCCACGCUGCAGCAUGAAGCCACCACUGCUGCACUCAGGAAGAAACAAGCUGACAGCGUUGCUGACCUGGGAGAGCAGAUCGACAACCUGCAGAGAGUCAAGCAGAAACUGGAGAAGGAGAAGAGCGAGCUCAAACUGGAGCUUGAUGACGUGGUCUCCAACAUGGAGCAGAUAGCCAAGGCUAAGAUCAUUCUGGAGAAAACAUGCAGAACUUUUGAAGAUCAGAUGAACGAAUACAGGACCAAAUGUGAUGAAUACCAAAGGUCGCUAAAUGACUUCACCACCCAUAAAGCCAAGCUUCAAGCUGAGAAUGAUGAGCUUUCAAGACAAAUGGAGGAGAAAGAGUCUCUCGUUUCUCAGCUGACAAGAGGAAAGAACUCCUAUAAUCAACAGCUGGAAGACUUAAAAAGACAACUAGAGGAGGAAAUAAAGGCCAAGAACGCAUUAGCCCAUGCUGUGCAGUCUGCUCGUCAUGACUGUGACCUCCUCAGGGAGCAGUACGAGGAGGAGCAGGAGGCCAAGGCUGAACUGCAGCGCGGCAUGUCCAAGGCCAACUCUGAGGUGGCUCAGUGGAGAACCAAGUAUGAAACUGAUGCCAUCCAGAGGACCGAGGAACUGGAGGAAGCAAAGAAGAAGCUGGCUCAGCGUCUGCAGGAGGCCGAGGAGGCCAUUGAAGCAGUGAAUGCUAAAUGUUCCUCUCUGGAGAAGACCAAACACAGGCUGCAGAAUGAGAUCGAAGAUCUCAUGGUGGAUGUGGAGAGGUCCAACGCUGUUGCUGCUGCUCUGGACAAGAAGCAAAGAAACUUUGACAAGGUCCUGUCUGAGUGGAAGCAGAAGUACGAAGAGUCUCAGUGUGAGCUGGAGAGCUCCCAGAAGGAAGCUAGAUCUCUGAGCACCGAGCUCUUCAAACUGAAAAACUCCUAUGAAGAAUGUUUGGACCACCUGGAGACCAUGAAGAGAGAGAACAAGAAUCUUCAAGAGGAGAUUUCUGACCUCACCGAGCAACUUGGUGAAGGUGGGAAAACCAUUCAUGAGCUGGAGAAGGCCCGUAAGCAGCUGGAGCAAGAAAAGAGUGAGAUCCAGACCGCGCUGGAGGAGGCAGAGGGUUCUCUUGAGCACGAGGAGGGCAAGAUUCUGAGAGUUCAGCUAGAGGUUAACCAAAUUAAAGCAGACAUGGAGCGCAAACUGGCAGAGAAAGACGAGGAGAUGGAGCAGUGCAAGAGGAACAUGCAGAGGACGAUCGAUACCCUGCAGAGCUCUCUUGAGGCUGAGUGUCGCAGCAGGAAUGAAGCUCUCCGCUUGAAGAAGAAGAUGGAGGGAGACCUGAAUGAAAUGGAGAUCCAGCUGAGCCAAGCCAACAGGCAGGCAGCCGAAGCUCAGAAACAACUCAAGUCCCUUCAUGCUCAUCUGAAGGAUUGCCAAAUUCAGCUGGACGAGUCAGUACGAGCUAACGAUGAUCUCAAAGAGAACAUCGCCAUCGUCGAGAGACGCAACAACCUGCUCCAGGCCGAGCUGGAGGAACUGAGAGCAGCUCUGGAGCAAACCGACAGAAGUCGUAAACUCGCUGAGCAAGAGUUGCUGGAUGUCAGCGAGAGGGUGCAGCUGCUGCACUCCCAGAACACCAGCCUGCUAAACCAGAAGAAGAAACUGGAGGCUGAUUCAGUCCAGCUUCAAACCGAAGUGGAGGAGGCGGUGCAGGAAUGCAGGAACGCUGAAGAGAAGGCCAAGAAGGCCAUCACUGAUGCUGCCAUGAUGGCAGAGGAGCUGAAGAAAGAGCAGGACACCAGCGCUCACCUGGAGCGCAUGAAGAAGAACAUGGAGCAGACCAUCAAAGACCUGCAGCACCGUCUGGAUGAAGCUGAGCAGAUCGCCAUGAAGGGAGGCAAGAAGCAGGUGCAGAAGCUCGAGGCCCGGGUGAGAGAGCUAGAAAACGAAGUGGAAAUGGAGCAGAAAAAAAGCAGCGAAGCUGUGAAAGGUGUCCGCAAAUAUGAGCGACGCAUCAAGGAACUCACUUAUCAGACCGAGGAGGAUCGCAAAAAUAUUGCCCGGCUGCAGGACUUGGUGGACAAGUUGCAGCUCAAAGUGAAAGCCUACAAACGAUCUUCUGAGGAAGCUGAGGAGCAGGCUAAUGUCCACCUGGGUAAGUUCCGCAAGCUGCAGCACGAGCUGGACGAGGCUGAAGAGAGAGCCGACAUCGCCGAGUCUCAGGUCAACAAGCUGCGCGCCAAGAGCCGUGACACUGGCUCCAAGCAGAAAGGGUUUGAGGAGGAGUGAAGCUUCGGAGCCUGCUGAAAUCUAUUUGUCUGCUGUGAUCCGUAGAGCCCCUCAACUGUCAUGAUUCCUAACCCGUAGAGCUAAUAAAGUCCCACUGAGAUGUUGCA